CGGAGGUGGGACGGCCCCGCACAGCCUUGGCCCUGGCACUGACAGCGGGCAGGGGAGGGCCGGGCCGGGCGGAGCGGAGCGGAACGGAGCGGAGCAGGCGUUUUCCGGAAGAGGGAAGCGGCGGGAUGGCGGCACGGGGUUCCACUGGGGACGGCGCGCUCCGCCGCGCCGCAGAGCAGUGGUUGCUGUGGGAUAAGAAUCCAAAAACAUCUGCAAUAGUGAAGCAACUGGUUACUGAAGGAAAUGCUGGAGAACUGCAGAAAUACUUUGGCUCUCGGAUGGAGUUUGGCACAGCAGGACUUCGAGCUGCCAUGGGAGCAGGGAUUUCCCACAUGAAUGACUUGACUAUUAUCCAGACAACCCAGGGAUUUUGCAGAUACCUUGAGAAGAAUUUCAGUGAUCUGAAAAAGAGAGGAGUUGUGAUUGGUUUUGAUGCUCGUGCCCAUUUUUCCAGUGGAGGUAGCAGUAAAAGGUUUGCAAGACUUGCGGCUACUACCUUUGUCAGUCAAGGAGUUCCAGUUUAUCUGUUCUCUGAUAUAACACCAACUCCAUUUGUGCCAUACACAGUAACUCAUCUGAAGCUUUGUGCUGGAAUUAUGAUAACAGCUUCACAUAACCCAAAACAAGAUAAUGGCUACAAGGUUUACUGGGAAAAUGGUGCUCAGAUCAUUUCUCCUCAUGACAAAGGAAUUUCUCAGGCUAUUGAGGAGAACCAAGAGCCAUGGCCUCAGGCUUGGGAUGACAAACUGAUUGACAGCAGCAUUCUGCUCCAUGAUCCAUAUGCCACAGUCAAUAAGGAGUAUUUCAAAGACAUACAGAAACAGUGCUUUCACAGGAAUAUAAACAAGGAAACAAACCUGAAAUUUGUUCACACCUCUGUGCAUGGCGUAGGUCAUAAAUUUGUGCAGUUGGCCUUCAAGGCGUUUGACCUUAGUCCUCCUUUUGCCGUUCCGGAGCAGAAGGAUCCUGAUCCAGAAUUUCCCACAGUGAAGUAUCCAAAUCCUGAAGAAGGCAAAGGUGUCCUGACACUGUCUUUUGCUUUGGCUGAAAAAGAUGGGGCAAAAAUAAUUUUAGCAAAUGAUCCUGAUGCUGAUCGACUUGCGGUGGCAGAGAAACAAGAGAGUGGUGAAUGGAAAGUGUUUUCCGGAAAUGAGCUCGGAGCUCUUUUAGGCUGGUGGAUCUUCACUUGCUGGAAAAAUCAAAAUAGGGAUACUUGUGCCAUUAAAGAUGUCUACAUGCUAUCCAGUACUGUUUCUUCCAAAAUCUUGAGAGCAAUUGCACUAAAGGAAGGUUUUCACUUUGAGGAAACACUGACAGGUUUCAAGUGGAUGGGCAACCGUGCCAAACAGCUCAUGGAUCAGGGAAAAGCUGUUCUUUUUGCGUUUGAGGAGGCUAUAGGGUACAUGUGCUGUCCUGCUGUUCUGGACAAAGACGGUGUCAGUGCUGCUGUUAUAACUGCGGAGAUGGCCAGCUUUUUGGCAACCAGGAAUUUGUCUUUGUCUCAGCAGCUGAAAGCUGUCUAUGAUGAGUAUGGCUUCCAUAUUACCAAAGCUUCAUAUUUCAUCUGCCAUGAUCCUCAAGUUAUUCAACAGCUUUUUGACAACCUGAGAAAUUUCGAUGGAAAAAACACAUACCCAAAAACUUGUGGUAGAUUUAAAGUUUCUGGAAUAAGAGAUCUAACAACUGGAUAUGACAGCAGCCAGCCAGAUCAAAAGGCUAUACUUCCCACUAGUAAAAGUAGCCAAAUGAUAACCUUCACCUUUGCUAAUGGAGGAGUGGCCACAAUGAGAACCAGUGGGACGGAACCAAAGAUCAAAUACUAUUCUGAGCUUUGUGCGCCUCCUGGAAACAGUGAUGUUGAGCAACUGAAGAAGGAGCUAGAUGAACUGGUCAGCGCUCUUGAAAAACACUUCUUUCAACCAGAAAAAAAUAAUCUUCAACGAAAGGCUGAGUAAAAUAGCAAAAUUAAUACUUUAAUUGGGUUUUGCAACAUUAGAGUUGUAUUAUUGAAGAAGUAAGAAAUCUUAGGACCAAAUAUCUGAGAACUCAGACUAAACAGACUUCCACUUUUAUUAAGAGUUAUUCUUGUUACUCUUGAAUGUAGUAUCUUAUGUUGGAAGGAAUGUACCUUCAUGCUUAAAGGACCAAAAAAGCCUAAUCAGUUGAACUGAAAGUUUUAAGAAUCAAAAGUUAACUGCAAAUGUAUUUCAGUGAGAACUUGUUUUAAUUAAAUAGUAUAAGUAAAAUCCAGGUUUCUGAAAUACAACCUGUUUUGUGGGGACUUAUUUCUUCUGUAUAUUCUGGUAAUAGUGUGCAACUUUAUCUAGGCCUGGAUUUGCAAAGCAGAUUCUUCUGUUAACACAGAAGUACUGAAAGCUUGCAGUGAGACUUUGACAAACUCAGGGCGAAUGUUUCAGAAACAGUGAUCUUUCUUGGGGAAUUUGGCCCAAAUAAACAAGGAAGUCACAGUGAAUUUUCUGAAGAGCUAUAUGUUAUGAGACUAUACAUUAAAUUCAAUUAUUGUUUACCAAACUGCCUUUUGAUACCAUGAACAUAUUAAGAUAAUAUAUCUACAUACAGCACAUUUCUGUUGCCUCAUUGACCUAAGCAUAAAUAGCUCAUUGCACACCCCAGUCUCAGAGCCCAUCACACUGUGUGCUACUGUGACUUGCUGCAUAAGUCUGUAUAUCCGAUUUAGAGCUGAAGUUUCCAUUUGAUUACAUGUUGUUGUCUGCACUUGCAGGCCAGAGAGAGUUAUUUGGAGGUUACCAGGCUGAAUCUGGUAGAAGGAUUUUCUGUGUUUUCAGUACUUGUUUUGGCUGUCAAUGUAGCUCUAACAGCCCCAGUACUUCUUGGGUAAAGAAACCUCUCUGCCAGAAGUACUUCUGGUAUUCCAUGGAGAAUGGCUAGUUGCCAGACCAAGCGUGGAUCGAAUUUAGCAAAUUCAUCAUAAAAGAACAAACAUGCCAUUUCAUCUCCAGUAAAUAGUUAGAAUCAUAGAAUGGUAGGGUUGGAAGGGACCUUUAGAGAUCAUCUAGUCCAACCCCCCUGCAGAAGCAGGGUCACCUAGAUCAGGUCGCGUAGGAACAUGUCCAGGCAGGUCUUGAAGACCUCCAAGGAAGGAGACUCCACACCCUCCCCAGGCAGCCUGUGCCAGGGCUCCCUCACCCUCACAGUAAAAUAGUUUUUUCUUAUGUUUAAAUGGAACUUGUUGUGUUCCAGCUUUGUCACAUUACCCCUUGUCCUGUUGCUAAUUACAGUAGAAAAAAGGGAUGUCCCAACCUCCUGACACUCACCAUUUAGAUAUUUGUAAAUAUUAAUGGGAUUCCCCCUCAGUCUUCUCUUCUCAAGGUUAGCCUACCUUGUUAGCUAAGAGGGUUAGCAGAGAACACCAGAUGCCUGUGUGUACCUUACAGUUACCAUCAAAGAACACUAAGAAAGGAGUAGCCCCUACAUUCUAUGGCUGUCACAUUGCGUUUUGUUGGCUGUGCAGUCAAAGGUAGGAUCGGAAUCCUUCGUGUUGAGGUCUAUCUGUCUGGCACAAAAAAAUAAAUAAAGUAAUAAAAAAGCUACUGAGGGAAGUGAGUGUGCUGUUAAUCCUAGUCCUUGAGAGCAGAAGGCUAGAACAUAGGUUAUUUGUGCAGAAAGUGCUUGUUCACACCCUCCACUUUUCUGUUUCCAUUUCUCUUAUACUUAACCAAACAUGAGACAUGUUUUUAUUGAUACAUGUUUAUUUGGCACUUGGAAUAAUGCAUCCAUCCAGUCCAUCUUAAAUAGCAGCCUAGGGGCUACUGAAUGUAGUAAGAACUGUAAAAGGAAUCUCAAUAUUGACUUCAGUGGGAUCAGCUUCAUCACACUACGUGAAACUUCUGCACAUACCAACUCACUGUCCUUUCCUUCUGAAAAUAAACCUA